AUGAACCCGACCCAGCCCGCGGCCAAGAAGGCGUGCGACAAGUGCAGGCUGCGCAAAAUCAAGUGCGACCUGACCCAGCCCUGCGCCAGCUGCACUGCCCGCAACUUUGAAUGCACAUAUCAGACCCCGCACCGCAAGAGAGGCCCGGCCGGAAGACGGCUAGCCGAAAUCCGACAGCAGCAGGGUUGGCGGAGUGCCGAGCAGCUGCAGACUCCCACCAUCUCGCCCGGCCGCUCUGUCGACCACCUCGCCGAUGGCGACCAGCUCGACCCGCCGCCCAUGGUGUCGUCGUGGGACAUGCUGGGCUGCCUGCCGCACCAGCCCCAGCCGCCCCAGGACCAGUGGCCCCAGAGCGAGGACGAGUAUCUGAUGCCCGCCUCGCAGCCGCAGUCCGCCCAGCAGCAGCCCUCGGCCAACGCCUUCGACGACCCCAUGUUCUCGCUGCUCGCCCGUCCGCAGCCCCCCUCGGCCGGCUCGCUGCAGCAGCAGGGCCCGCCGAGCCUGCCCGACCCCACCAGCAUCUGGCCGCUGGGCAUCACCGACGAGAACCUCAUCCGCUGGAUCGACGUCUACUUUGAGCGCCUGUACCCGACCCUGCCCAUCCUCAAGCGCUCCUCCAUCUUCGCCCGCCUGCUGAGCCAGGAGCACCGCACCAAUCCCGACUUCGGCGCCAUGCUGCUGGCCCUCAGCGCCUUCUCGCUCAUCCAGCCCGUCCGCAUCAGCGAGUGGUCCUCGGCCGCGUCACGUGAAAACAUGGUCAACUUCAUGUUGUCCGAGUCGGUCAAGAUGCGCGCCUCGGUCGAGUUCGGCGAGAACCCCUCGCUGGACGCCAUCCUGACCAGCGUCUUCCUCUUUGCCUGCCUGUUCCAGCGCAACCAGCACAACGCCGCCUGGUUCCGCCUGAAGGAAGCCGUCGAGCUCGGCUCCGUCUUCGGCCUGGGCCGCUCCGAGUGCUACGCCAACUGCGAGCCCGAGCAGAAGCAGCAACGCCUCCGCAUCUACUAUCUACUUGCCGUCACCGAGAGGGCCUACGCACUGGAGAAGAAGCAUCCCAUCACCUUCCUCGGCCACCCGAGCAUGGAAACCCGUUCCCUGCUCGAGUCGGUGUCGGCUGCUUCCGACGGCGACGACCUGGGCAUCGUCAUCCACGACGAGGCCGAGUCGAACGGCAUGCUCGGCCUGCUGAGGCUGAUGACGCUGUUCGACCCCAUCGACGAGAACUUUGUGCGAUGCUGGAACAACCAGUGCGACAAGACGGGCGGCAGGUGCCGCUUCCUGGACGAGCAGAUGGCCAUCGCCAUCCACGAGAGCCUGACGAGACACAGCAUUCAAAACACCAGCGGCCAUUCCUCGCUGUUCACCAACACGCCGCCCAGCUGGUUCAUGAGCGCGACGCUCAAGGACACGCAGAUUGCCGACCUCAUGGUCAACGAGCAGUGGCUCCAGAAUCGCUUCUGGAACCUCUGUCUCUCGCACAAGAUCCUGUCGCCGCAGGCCGAACAUCCCGCCCUGCAGGUGUUCCAAGCCGUGACCAUCGCCGAGAACACGCUGCGCGUCUGUUCGGGCUUGUCGCUGUCGUCUUUGGAAGUCCACGGCGUCGGCCUCAUCGAGAAGCUGUACUGCGUCGUCGAAAGCGCCGUCGCCGCCAAGCGUUAUAGCGAAAGUAUGAGCUACGGGGCCCAGGUGGCAGCGCUGUCGCCGCAUGCCUUCAACAACACCAGCGCGUCACUGUCUCCGUCGGACCCGCUCAUCCACGGCUUCCUCGAGUUCUUCAAGAAGAUCCGGGCAGGCCAGCAUCCGUUUCUGAGCAAGCUCUCGGCGCUGGUGGGGCCAGACAUGGGAAUUGACGGCAUCUGA